UCACUAGCGUUUUCCACUUAGACACAGCACAACUAGUUGACAGAUAUGUCUGCUUUUUCUUCUUGUGUCCGGCCAAUACAGCAUGAAGUUUUCCUUAGUUUUAGAGGUGCAGAUACUCGUAACAACUUUACCAGCCAUCUCUACGCUGCAUUGCUUCGACAAGGAAUUGCGACCUUUAUGGAUAAUAGGCUUCAGAGAGGAGAAGAGAUUGAGGAAGAAAUCUUGAAAGCAAUUGAAGCCUCGAAUUUUUCAGUGAUUAUCUUGUCAAAAAAUUAUGCCUCUUCACCGUGGUGCUUGGAUGAACUGGUGAAGAUACUUCAAUGCAAGGAUACGCAGGGACAAAAGGUAUUUCCUGUUUUCUACCACGUAGAUCCUGCAGAUGUGGACAACCAGACAGGAAGUUUUGGAGAGGCAUUAGCUAAGAUCAAGGAAGAUAUGAAGGAGAAUGAUUUAGAAAGGGUGCGAAAUUGGAGAAUUGGGUUGACCAGAGUAGCUAAUAUCUCAGGGGAGGUUUUGACAAAGACAAGGCUUGAGUCUGAACUUAUUGAAGAUGUUAUCAAGGAAAUUUUGAAACAUCUAAGGCAUCCAUGCUCAUAUGAUUUCAAGGGUCUGGUUGGAAUAGAAUUACGAGUUUCACUGGUUGAAUCAUUAUUAUGCAUUGGAUUAAAUGAUAUCCGCAUGAUUGGAAUAUGGGGAAUGGGUGGUAUAGGCAAAACAACUAUUGCUGAAGUUGUACAUGAAAAAUUUUCUUCCCAGUUUGAUGACAGUUACUUGCUUGAAAACGUCCGUGGUUGCAAUCUAGGGCAAUUACGAGAUGAACUUCUUGUCAGAAUACUAAAUGAAGGGAAUACCAACUCAAGACUGGUUUUUAACAUGAAACAACUUCGUCUCAAAAAGCUUCUUAUUAUUCUUGAUGAUGUAGAUGAUUACAGGCAAAUAGAAUUUUUAGCUAGAGAACAUGAUUGGUUUGGUGCAGGAAGUAGAAUCAUUAUAACCAGUAGAGAUAAAGGUGUAUUUCAAGAUAGAGUUGAUGGAAUAUAUGAGGUUCAAGCACUAAUGGAGCAUGAAGCUCAUAGGCUUUUCAACUUAUUUGCCUUUAAACAAAAUCAUCCUGAGAGAGAAUAUUUGAAACUUUCAAGAGAAGUUGUAAGUUAUGCUGGAGGAAACCCUUUAGCUCUUAAAGUUUUGGGUUCAUUCCUAUAUGGCAAGAGCAAAAUAGAAUGGGAAAGUGCAUUGAAGAAACUUCAAAAGACUUCUAAUAUCAAAAUUCAAAAUGUGUUGAGAAUAAGUUUUGAUGGACUUGAUUUUGAGGAGCAGGAAAUAUUUCUUCACAUUGCUUGUUUCUUCAAAGGAGAACAUGUGUUUCACAUAGAACAACUGCUAGAUGCAUGUGGUUUCGCAACUCUAAUUAACUUGAGUGUGCUAAAUGAUAAAUCUUUGAUUAGCAUAUCUUAUGACAAAGUGGAGAUGCAUAAUCUAUUGCAAGAAAUGGGUCGAGAAAUUGUUCGCCAAGAAUGUAUUAAAGAGCCGGGAAAACGCAGUAGAUUGUGGAAUUAUGAAGAUAUAUACCAUGUGUUGACAAAAAAUACUGGAACUGAUGCAGUUGAAGGCAUAUUUCUGGACAAAUCAAAAUUAAAUAAGCUAAGUUUGGCUCCCUCAAUUUUCAGCAAUAUGAACAGAAUUAAACUGCUCAAAUUCUAUAAUUGUGGCAGUGGUCUAGAUGAUGCAUUGUACAUUCAAGACGUUGAAUUUCCUGAAAACAAUAUGCAGUUCCCUGAAGGCCUUGUAUCUUUUCCUGAUGAACUAAGGUAUCUCCAGUGGCAUUUUUAUCCUCUGAAAACUUUGCCAUCAAGCUUUCGUGCUGAGAUGCUUGUCAAGUUUAACAUGUCUGGUAGCCGUGUUGAAAGACUUUGGAACGGAGUGCAGGUUCUUGCAAAUUUAAAAGUAAUCAAGCUCCGUUAUUGUGAACACCUGAUUGAAAUGCCAGACUUCUCAGGGGCCCAAAAUCUGGAGACCAUAGACUGUGGAGGCUGCAUAAGUUUGCAGGAGGUUUCUCCAUCUAUUGGAUGUCUCAACAACCUUCAUACAUUGAAUUUGGCAAAUUGCGAGAAAAUUACAAGUGUUCCAAGCACCAAAUAUUUGAGAUCUUUCCUUUAUCUUGACCUCUAUAAUUGCUCAAAAAUCAACAAGUUCCCUGAAGUUCCAACAAGUAUAGAAUUUUUAAGUCUGAAAGGUACUGCAAUAGAAGAAGUACCAUUAUCAAUUGGAUUGCUCUGUCAACUCAGGUCAUUGAGUCUGCGUGACUGCAGAAGGCUAAAGAAUCUGCCAAAUGUUGUUUUCCAAUUGAAACAUCUUGACUUUCUUGGUAUAGCUGGUCCAUACAUCAAUAUAUGGGAACAUGUAAAUUAUCUUCAUCAUUUGUCCUCGUUACGUCGAUUAUCUCUAACGGGGAAUGAUUUCGAGAGCAUACCUUCAAGCAUCAAACAACUUUCAUGGCUUCAAAAACUCAACUUGAGCUUCUGCAAAAGGCUUCGAUUUUUGCCAGAGCUUCCGCCCCAUUUACAACGUUUAGAUGCAACGGGUUGCAUAUCACUGCGAACAGCUUCAAAUUCAAUGAUUGCUCUCAGAGAAGGAUGGGGAAGGUUCUUUUUCAUGAACUGCUUUAGUUUGGAUGAGAAUGAACAUGGAAACAUUUUGUUACAUGCACAACAGAGGACAUUACAUUUGGCACACACUGUAGUCCAAUUUCAUGAGGAAAUUGGAAAAAGCACUGAAUUUCUGGGAAAGCAGUUUGUAGUUGUUCUUCCUGGAAGUAAGAUUCCAAAGUGGAUUCAACAUCAGAGCACAGGUUUCUCGAUUGCAAUUCCGCUGCCUUCAAAUUGGCACAAGGAGUUGUUGGGUUUCACAUUCUGUGCUGUUUUUGAAUAUGGCAAAACCAAACUUGAUGAAGAAAGGUGGAUGAGAUUGGAAUGCCAAUUCAAAUCCAACUGUGGUGAAAGCUGUCACAUAUCUGCAUGUUUCCACUAUUGGGAGAGGAAUGUGGUUCCUAAAAUGGAACACAUGUUCUUGUCCUAUAAUAGCGAUGUUAUUCUCAAAAUCAAAGGCAAAGGAGAGAGCAUGUGCUGCUACAAUGAGUUAUUGAUUGAAUUUUUCAUUCAAGAUUCCUGUGAAAAGCCUUCACCUUCUUCCAAGGUUAACAAGUGUGGGGUCCAACUACUUUACAAUGAUGAUGGUGAUGAUGAGUGGGAUUACGUUUCCUCUUGGGAUCCAACCCAGUCCUCCUUAAGUAAAGAAGAUAGUGAUAUCUAUGAUAAGCCAAGUACUAAGAAUGUGGGUGAGUCCAGUGCUUUGUUGAGGAGGAAGAGCAAGCAUAUGAAACUUUUGCAUCUGACCAGGAUGAGGCUGAUCCCUGUGAAGCAUUUAGCUCUCUUGGGGAAGAAGUGGAACAAGAGGAAGAGAAUGAAACAUUUAGCUGUCACACGGAGGAAAAAGAACAACAAUAAAAUAAUGCAAAGUUGUCACUAACAAAUUUUCCAACUUCCCUUUUGGUAAUAUUAUUGGAAAACUCUUCUAAUAAUAUUUUUAUUAUAAUUAUGUAUAAUUAAUAAUGUUGAAUCAUUUAUAGAGUUAUGAGGCUAUAAAUUUUAACAUUAUUUUUUUACAAUUGUAUCCUCUUGAUGAUAUUCUUUUUUUGAUGAUGUUGACAAA